UGCGCAUGCGCCGAAGACCGCCCCGGGACGUUCCGGGCCUGACAGUUGCUAGGGUGACAGAGACACAACAUGGCGGGCGGAUCCUAACGCUUUCCAUGGAGGGACCACCGCGGAGGUCCUAGUGCAGGACACCGCCUCAAGGAAAGCAGGGGACCGCCCUUCCUGCCUCUUUCUUUUCUGUCCAGUGUCCGCAAGAGGUUGUUGCAGGCUUCCGCAUCCAAGAUGAAGAACUACAAAACAAUUGGCAAAAUAGGAGAGGGAACAUUUUCUGAAGUUAUGAAGAUGCAGAACCUGAGAGAUGGAAAGUACUAUGCUUGUAAACAAAUGAAACAGCACUUUGAAAGGCAUUUACCUAGAAAUAGCAUCACUUGGGUCAAAGGUAUUGAGCAAGUGAACAAUCUACGAGAGAUACAAGCACUGAGGCGCCUGCACCCACACCCAAACAUUCUUACGCUGCAUGAAGUGGUUUUUGACAGAAAAUCUGGUUCUCUUGCACUAAUAUGUGAACUUAUGGAUAUGAAUAUCUAUGAGCUAAUACGAGGGAGAAGACAUCCAUUAUCAGAAAAAAAAAUUAUGUACUAUAUGUACCAGUUAUGUAAAUCCCUUGAUCAUAUGCACAGAAAUGGAAUAUUUCACAGAGAUGUAAAACCAGAAAAUAUACUAAUAAAGCAGGAUGUUCUAAAAUUAGGGGACUUUGGGUCCUGCCGGAGUGUGUAUUCCAAGCAGCCAUAUACUGAAUACAUCUCUACGCGCUGGUACAGAGCCCCAGAGUGUCUCCUCACUGAUGGGUUCUACACAUACAAGAUGGACCUGUGGAGCGCUGGCUGUGUGUUCUACGAGAUUGCCAGCCUGCGACCCCUCUUCCCUGGUGCCAAUGAACUGGACCAAAUCUCAAAAAUCCAUGAUGUCAUCGGCACACCUGCUCAGAAGACCCUCAUCAAGUUCAAACAGUCGAGAGCUAUGAGUUUUGAUUUUCCUUUUAAAAAGGGAUCAGGAAUACCUCUACUGACAACCAAUUUGUCCCAGCAAUGCCUCUCCCUCCUGCAUGCAAUGGUGGCCUAUGAUCCCGAUGAGAGAAUCACUGCCCAUCAGGCCCUGCAGCAUCCCUACUUCAAAGAACAGAGGGCAAUCGAGAAGCAGGCUCUGGCCAGCCACAGAAAAGCUUGCUUUCCAGAGCACCCUAUGGCACUGGAACCACUCAGUAACAACUGGCAAAUGUCAAAGGAGGGCAGAAAACAGAAACAGUCCCUAAAGCAAGAGGAGGACCAUCCCAAGAGACAAGAACCGGCCUACAUAAUGGAACUGCCCAAACUAAAGCUUUCAGGAAUGUCCAAACUGUCAUCUUACUCCAGCCCCACACUGCAGUCAGUGUUUGGAUCUGGAAUAAAUGGAAAAGUCCCAGUGUUGAGGCCCUUGAAGUGUGUUGGUGCAAACAAGAAGACAGAUCCGCAGAAGGACAUGAAACCUGCCCUGAAACAGUAUCGCUUGCCCACCAUAGAGAGGAAAGGUGGAGGGUACUGAGCAGCUUGCACCGCCGCAGCUCCGUGGAGGGGAAAGCCAGGUGUGACCAGGGCCAGCCUGGGCGACCCAGGGCUCAGGGAGAGUGCUGCUCUUCGGACUGGCUCAGACUACUUGGGCUGGAGCUGCUCCGAGGUCCGCACGUGUUUGCAGCCCCAAAGCAGCUAUACUUUGUGUUCCAGUCCAAUACAUUUAUAAAACCACUUCACUCCAGGGUUUUCA